AUGGCUCCCCAUUCGACGAAGCGGAGUUCCGCCAAGGACGACGAUUUCGUCUUCACGCUCUCUGACGACGAGGUCGAGCCCCAAUUCGACGAAGAAGAUGACGAAAAUGAGAUGAAGGGUAGCAAUACGCCGGCGACAGACAACAGAAAGCGCAAGCGCGAGGUCGAAGCCGCCAAGCCCAAGAACAAGAAACAGAAGCAGCAAGAAAAGCAGCAAUUGAAAAAUACCAAGAAGAACAAGAAGAACGCCGAGCCCGUACCUGAGCCCGAAUCGGAUGAGGAGGAGGAGGAUGAUGCUGCUGCGGAUGCGGCCGAAGACGACGGCGUGCUGGACCCCGAGUUCGAAUUUGAUGUCGGCGGCGCCGCAAACCGUGGUGUCACUGAAGGCUUCGAUGCUUGGGAUGCUUCUGAAAAAACGGAGAAGCGCUCGGGUGACAAGAAGGCUGUCGAUAUCGACGAUAUUAUUGAGCGGAGACAGGCUAAGAAGGCGGAGGCUGCUGCCAAGAAGCAGAAGAAACAGGCAGCCCAGGAGAAAGAGGAGAGCGCCAGCGCAUCUGAGGAUGACGCUGCGUCCGGUGACGAAAUGCCCAUUGACUUCGAGGACGAUGAGCUCAUGGCUGAGGACGCCUUCGGCAUGGCUGUGGAUGGCGAUGAGGAGGAGAGUGAUGCCGAGGGCCCUGAGCCUGGCUCUGGCAAUGAAGACGAGGAGGACGAGGAGGACGAGGACAAGGACGGGAAUGAGGAUUCUGAUGAUGACGCUGCAUCCGACAACGACUCCGUCGCCACGCCUGUUCAGCAUCCCGACGAUAUCUCAGACAGGGAGUCCGAUGUAGAGAGCGAGGUGGAUGAGGAGGAAGCGGAGAAGCGCAAGGCCUUCUUUGCCCCUGAAGAGAAGGUCGACACCAAGGCCAACAUGGCCAAGAUGACAUUCCAAGAAUUCAACCUCUCCCGUCCUAUUCUCCGCGGUCUUGCCGCUGUCGGAUUCACUGACCCGACCCCCAUUCAGCGCAAGGCCAUCCCCGUUGGUCUGCUGGGUAAGGAUAUUGUCGGUAGUGCCGUGACUGGUUCAGGAAAGACCGCUGCCUUCAUCGUCCCUAUUCUCGAGCGUCUCCUCUUCCGUCCCCGGAAGGUCCCUACAAGUCGCGUUGUGAUUCUGAUGCCCACUCGUGAGUUGGCUGUUCAGUGUUACAAUGUUUCCGUCAAAUUGGCCACCUUCACAGACGUCACAUUCUGUCAAUUGGUUGGUGGUUUCAGUCUCCGCGAGCAGGAGAAUGUGCUCAAGAAGCGCCCCGAUGUUAUCAUUGCUACUCCCGGUCGUUUCAUCGAUCACAUGCGUAACUCUCCCAGUUUCACAGUCGAUACCCUGGAGAUCUUGGUUCUUGAUGAGGCCGAUCGUAUGCUUGAAGACGGUUUCGCCGAUGAGUUGAACGAAAUUCUCACCACCAUUCCCAAAUCUCGCCAGACUAUGCUGUUCUCUGCCACUAUGACGGAGUCAAUCGACAAGCUCAUUCGUGUUGGUAUGAACCGCCCCAUGCGUUUGAUGGUCGACGCCAAAAAGAACACUGUAUCCACUCUUGUUCAAGAAUUUGUGCGUCUCCGUCCUGGACGUGAGGACAAGCGUCUUGGUUACCUUAUGUACCUGUGCAAAGAAGUCUACACCAAGCGUGUCAUUAUUUUCUUCCGACAAAAGAAGGAGGCCCACCGCGUCCGCAUCAUCUUCGGUCUAUUGGGCCUCAAGGCAGCAGAGCUACACGGUAGUCUAUCCCAAGAACAGCGUAUCAAAUCCGUCGAAAACUUCCGUGAUGGCAAGGUUGCCUUCCUUCUCGCCACAGACGUUGCUUCUCGUGGUUUGGAUAUCAAGGGUGUCGAGACCGUCAUCAACUACGAGGCUCCCCAGAGCCACGAGAUCUACCUGCAUCGUGUUGGUCGUACCGCCCGUGCCGGCCGCUCUGGUCGCGCAUGCACUAUUGCCGCCGAGCCCGAUCGCAAGGUUGUCAAACUUGCCGUCCGAGCAGGCAAGGCGCAAGGUGCCAAGAUCGCCAGUCGUGUGGUUGAGCAAGCCGUUGCAGACAGCUGGGCCAAGAAGGCCGAGGACAUGGCCGACGAAGUCAAUGAGAUUUUGCAGGAAGAGAAGACUGAGAAGCAGUUCGCCCAGGCCGAGAUGCAGUUCACCAAGGGCGAGAAUCUCAUGAAGCACGGCCGCGAGAUCAUGUCGCGGCCCAAGCGGACGUGGUUCGAGUCUGAAAAAGAGAAGACGAUUGCUCGCAAGCUGGGUGCUGUUGAGUUGAAUGGCCCCAAUACCAAGAAGAGCAAUGUCAAGCUAAGCAACAAGGACAAGAAGCGUCUGGAUGAUGCUCAGAUGAGACACGAUGGUAAUAUCGGGUGGAAGAAGGGUAAGGGCGAUGCCGACACUGCGAAGAGCAAGGGCAAGGGCAAGGGAAAAGGAGCCAAGAAAGGGAAGAAAUAA